CUGCCGGUGCCUUUACCAAACAUCUCCGGAUGGCUUCCAGAGGCUGACGGACGCUACACGAAGACAGAGUGCCCCAGGGACCCCCGACCCCGACCCCUGCCUCCUGAGCUGGUCUUCUUACAGAAGUGACCCCGUUGCCCUGACCCGAGACACUUCACUGGGAGACCCUGGAGCCUCUUUCUAUGACUCCAUCUGGACUUGGCUGGUUGUGGGGCUGCCUGGGUCUUAGUGGGGCAGCGGCCAGCUCUCCGGCCACCAUGGCAAACAUCAGGAACUAAGCACAGGCUCCAGCAGCCUCAGCGCAGGCACGCAGAACACAAUGGAAAACAAAGCCAUGUACCUGCACACUGUGAGUGAGCGUGACACCAGCUCCAUCUUUGAGGAGCCAUUUGAUGGCAGGAGCCUGUCCAAGCUGAACCUGUGUGAGGAUGGUCCAUGUCACAAACGGCGCACAGGUGGCUGCUGCACCCAGCUGGGCUCUCUGUCAGCCCUGAAGCAUGCCGUCCUGGGGCUCUACCUGCUGGUCUUCCUCAUUCUUGUGGGAAUCUUCAUCUUAGCAGUGUCCAGGCCUCGUAGCUCCCCAGAUGACCUGAAGGCGCUGACUCGAAAUGUGAACCAGCUGAAUGAGAGCUUCCGGGACCUGCAGUUGCGGCUGCUGCAGGCUCCGCUGCAGGCGGACUUCACAGAACAGGUGUGGAAAGUUCAGGAUGCGCUGCAGAACCAGUCGGACUCGCUGCUGGCCCUGGCGGGUUUGGUGCAGCGGCUGGAGGGCACGCUGUGGGGACUGCAUGCGCAGGCGGCCCAAACCGAGCAGGCGAUGGCCCUGCUGCGUGACCGCACCGGACAGCAGAGCGACUCGGCACAGCUGGAACUCUACCAGCUGCAGGUGCAGAGCAACCGCAGCCAGUUGCUGCUGCAGCGCCACGCGGGCCUGCUGGAUGGGCUGGCGCGCAGGGUCGGCGUCCUGGGCGAGGAGCUGGCCGAUGUGGGCGGUGCACUGCGCGGCCUCAACCACAGCCUGUCCUACGACGUGGCUCUCCAGAGCACGCGCCUACAGGACCUGCAGGUGCUAGUGAGCAAUGCCAGUGAGGACACGCGCCGCAUGAGGCUGGUGCACAUGGACAUGGAGCUACAGCUCAAACAGGAGCUAGCCACACUCAAUGUGGUGACCGAGGACCUGCGCCUCAAGGACUGGGAGCACUCCAUCGCCCUAAGGAACAUUUCCCUGGCCAAAGGGCCACCAGGACCCAAAGGUGAUCAGGGAAAUGAAGGGAAGGAGGGCAAGCCAGGCAUCGCUGGACUCCCUGGACUUCGAGGUUUGCCAGGAGAGAGAGGUACCCCAGGACUUCCUGGCCCCAAGGGUGAUGAUGGAAAGCUGGGGGCCACAGGCCCAAUGGGCAUGCGUGGGUUCAAAGGUGACCGAGGCCCAAAAGGAGAGAAAGGAGAGCGAGGAGACAGAGCUGGGGCGACUGGUGAUGUGAAUGUCGCCAUGAUUCGCCUGGUGAAUGGCUCUGGCCCACACGAGGGUCGUGUGGAGGUGUACCACGAACGUCGCUGGGGCACAGUGUGUGAUGACGGCUGGGACAAGAAGGACGGGGACGUGGUGUGCCGCAUGCUGGGCUUCCACAGUGCUGAGGAGGUAUACCGGACAGCUCGCUUCGGGCAAGGCACAGGGAGGAUUUGGAUGGAUGACGUCUCCUGCAAGGGCACAGAGGACACCAUCUUCCACUGCAGAUUCUCAAAAUGGGGCGUGACAAACUGUGGACAUGCUGAAGAUGCUGGGGUGACAUGCACUACACACUAAAAGUGGGCACAGCUCAAGAUCAGGGUGCUGCCACCAAGUCACCUUCCUGCAUCUCUAGGGUAGGGGGGCAUUGCUUAGAGCCACUCUGGUCAUGCCUCUGCUUAGUCCAACCCCCCCAUCACCCUGUUCUAGCUCCAUGGUGGCCCGUUGUCACUCUCUUCCAGACAUCUGCUCCAAAGUGCUCUGUGGGAUCUAUCGUCUGUCUCUCCCUUCCACUAGGACUCCUGCAUGGGGAGCCUUGAUCAACUGGACUGCAAGUGUAUCACCCACCUGAACACCAUCCACAGGGCCUGGGGGUCCAUGCUCUUUUUGGUCCCUUUGCUACAGUUGGAUAUCAAGAUGAUGUCACAGUCAAGAGCAGCAGUGGAAAUGGGAGGUAUUAUAGAUCAUUUACUUUGCAGAUAAUCCCCAAGUCCCAGAGAUUCAACAUCCCCCUCCCCAGCAAGCAGAAAUCCUGAAAGACUCUGUUCUCCCCUCUUUGCUCUGCCUCUGCACACUGUGUCAGUUUGAGGACGUGACAGAGGAGAAGCCAGCUAUAGGAACCAGGGAGAAAUGCCAAUCAUCUACGGAAACCCAGCUGGAGCUGGAGCUGGACCAGAGGAGUGAAGCUGGUGUUUAUUGAGUGACUGUCAUGGUGUGCUACAUAGUACCUUGGGUGCUAAAAUCAUUUAUCCCCUUUGCUGUAUUAAUACAAGGCAUGUCUGUCAGGGCAGGACCCUGCCUCCAGGUAGCGUUCACCAGGCCCAUUCAUCUGGCCUCCAGGUUGGAAGCUGGAGAAUGAAUGACAGAGACCAGGUUCCCACCCAAAUCCUAGUGUCCACCUGAACCCUGGCCAAUAAGCUUGGGCUCC